AUGGAGGUGAAACAAAUUGACAUCGACGACGUGAUCUCCAAAUUGACCGUGGAAGAGAAAGCCAAGCUCACCAGCGGAAGAGACUUCUGGCACACUCACCCUGUCCACCGUCUAGGUGUGCCUUCCUUGAGAUUUUCUGAUGGGCCCUACGGUGUCAGAGGCACCAAAUUCACCGACGCUGUUCCUACAGCAUCCAUUCCCAGCGGUACUGUUUUGGCGUGCUCUUGGAACACCGAGUUGAUGUAUGAGCUCGGCAAGAUGAUGGGAGACCAGGCCCGGGCUAAAGGUGCCCACCUUCUUUUGGGUCCUACAAUUAACAUGGCCAGAAGUCCUUUGGGUGGUAGAAGUUUCGAGUCUUUUGGUGAAGACCCAAUUUUGACUGGUGUGUUGGCUUCUGCCUUGUCUCAGGGUAUCAAGGACAGAAAGGUUAUGAUUUGCCCUAAGCACUUGGCGUGUAACGACAAGGAGGACAGCCGUAUGGCCAUGAAUGUGGAAAUCUCCGAGCGUGCUCUCAGAGAAAUUUACAUGCUCCCAUUCAUGAUUGUACAGAAGAACAACGAUCCAGAGUCAUACAUGACUGCUUACAACAAGAUCAGAGGUAAGCACGGUUCUGAGAAUGAAUACUUGAUGAGAGAUAUUGUCGAGAAGGAGUGGGGCUUCAAGGGGUGUUUCAUGUCCGACUGGUUCGGAACUGUCUCCACUGCCGACAGUAUCAAUGCCGGCUUGCACCUCGAGAUGCCUGGUCCUCCAAUCUGGAGAGGUAAGCUUGUGGAGAGUUGCGUUUACCACAACACUAUCACUGAGGAGUCCUUGAACGAGGCCGUUAGAGGUGUGUUGACCUUGGUCAACGGUGCCGCUAAGUCGGGCAUUCCCGAGGAUGCUGAUGAGGGUCAGCUCCACAACAAAGAGAUCGUUGCGCUCAACCGCCAAGCUGCUAGAGAGGCACUCGUGUUGAUGAGAAAUGAGGGCAUUCUUCCAUUGCAGAAGAAGAAGGUUUUAGUCAUUGGGGAGUCUGCCAAGAAGGCAAACUACUGUGCUGGUGGUGCUUGCACUGUGAACGCAUACCAUCCCGUUUCUUUGUACGACUCUUUGGUAGAAAACCUUGGGGAGUCGAACGUUGACUGGGUCAUUGGUGCUCCAAACAGAAGAGUCCUUCCAUCCUUGGGUCUUUACGCCAAGGAGAAGUCGAAGAAACCCAUCACAUACCGUACAUACGAUGAGCCCAGAUCCGUUAGGGACCGCAAGAUUCUAAGCGAGUUGACUGUUCCUGAGGUCAAUGUUAUGAUGUUCGAGUUUGACCCUGCUAGCAUCAGACCGGGCCACCACUUGCACGCAACUUUCCUGGUCACUAUCAACGUUCCUGAGUCUGCUAAAUACAGAUACAACUUGAAGGUCGCUGGUAGCGCCCAGGUUUUGAUCAACGGCGAUGUCCAUGCUACUCACGUCACCGACUACGUUUCGGGCAGUGACAUGGGAAUGAAUGCUCCUGAGAUCUUCAAGGAGGUCUACUUGGAAGCUGGUAAGGACUACUUGUUUGAAGUUGACUUCGAGAGCACCUCUGGCAAGGACGGAUUGCUGGCUGGCAGCUUGGGCUGUGGUAUUGAGAAGGCAGUCGCUCCUGAGGACUACAUCAAGGAGGCUGCCGAUCUUGCGAAGAAGUAUGACCAGGUUAUCGUCAUCACUGGCCUCAACAAGGAUUUUGAGACUGAAGGCAUCGAUCGCUCCACAAUGGAUAUGCCACCACACCAAGACUUGCUUGUUGAGUCCGUUUUAGACAGCAAUCCUAAUACUGUCGUCAUCAUUGAAAGUGGUACUGCCGUCACUCUUCCUUGGGAAAAGAAGGCCAAAGCUAUCUUGCACUCUGGUUACCUCGGCGAAGAGCUCGGAAAUGCUAUAUUUGAUGUUGUCUUUGGCGAAUACAACCCAAGCGGUAAGCUCACAUUCACUUGGCCAAAAAGAUACGAAGACAACUCUGCUGCUACCAGCUUCGAGCUUGAUAAGAGCCUAAGCUUGACUUACCUCGACGACAUCUACAUGGGCUACCGCCAUAACGAUAUCAGUAAGAUUGAUCCAUUGUUUGCUUUCGGUCAUGGCCUUUCUUACACGACUUUCAAGUUUGACAACCUCAAGGUCAGCGUUGCUGACCACACCAUCGAUUUGUCUGUCGAUGUGAAAAACACCGGUGACCGUGAUGGUUCAGCUGUCGUCCAAGCUUACGUCUCACCCAAGAAUUCUUCUGUUCCUCAAGCUGUCAAAAGCUUGAAGGGAUUCACCAAGGUCUUCUGCAAGGCUAGUGCUUCUGUAACAGCCAAGGUCAGCAUGGACAAGAAGUUGGCCUGUUCGUUUUACAACACUAGCAUUAAGCAAUGGACUUUGGAGGGCGGUGAAUAUAAUGUCGCUGUUGGUUCUUCGAGCGAUAAGCUUGAGAUUACUCAGACCUUCGAGAUUGAAAAGAGCGCCAACUGGAUCAUGCUUUAA